AUGGCUGAUCGCGGACACUUCAAAAGAGAGGAUGAGGAUGAGGAUGAUGCUGAGGAGGAGCUUGAUGAGACCGACUUCAAGGCUCAAAAAGAUGCCAUUUUGCUCGCCAUUGACGUGAGCUCAUCAAUGCUGCAGCAUCCGCCCGCAACAAACUCCAAGAAGGCCGAUAGGGACAGUGCCGUCGAGGCAGCUUUGAAAUGCGCCUACCAUCUCAUGCAGCAGCGCAUCAUCUCUAACCCCAAAGACAUGAUGGGCAUUCUCUUCUUCGGCACGGAAAAGUCAAAGUUCCAAGAAGAAAGCGGUCGAGCAGGCUUGGGCUACCCGCACUGCUACUUGUUCGCAGACCUCGACGUUCCCGCUGCUGAAGAUGUCAAGGCACUAAAGACCUUGGUCGGCGCGGAUGGAGAAGAGGCCGAAGAUGAAGAUGAGGUGCUAGUGCCGGCGGAGGAAGAAGUCCAGAUGGCCAACGUCUUUUUCUGCGCAAACCAAAUCUUCACUACUAAGGCGGCGAACUUUGGCAGCAGACGACUCUUCAUCAUCACAGACAAUGAUGACCCACAUGGCAAGAACAAGGAUGCCAAAUCGGCUGCGGCUGUCCGUGCAAAAGACUUGUACGAUCUUGGAGUUGUGAUCGAGCUUUUCCCCAUUACCAGAGACGAGAGGAAGUUCGACCUCGGCAAAUUUUACGAUGACAUCAUCUAUCGAGACCUAGUUGCAGAGGCCAAUCUCUCCGAAACCAGAAACUCAAAGUCCGGCGAUGGCCUCAGUCUCCUCAACUCAUUAAUAUCAAACAUCAACUCCAAAGAAACGCCCAAGCGCUCCCUAUUCUCUAACCUCCCCUUCGAGAUCGCCCCUGGACUCAGAAUCUCGGUCAAGGGAUACAAUAUUCUUCACCGUCAGACCCCAGCAAGAACAUCAUACAUCUGGCUAGACGGCGAGAAACCUCAGCUCGCCAACGGCGAAACGACACGGAUAGCCGAGGAUAGUGCCCGGACGGUUGAAAAGGUCGAGUUCAAGAAGGCUUACAAAUUUGGCGGCGAAUACGUGCACUUUGCACCAGAGGAGCAGAAGUCUCUCAAAGACUUCGGCUCCCCCAUUAUCCGUAUUAUCGGAUUCAAGCCGCGCUCUAUGCUUCCCUUUUGGGCGAGUAUCAAGAAAUCAACAUUCAUCUUCCCAUCAGAGGAGGACUAUGUCGGCUCGACUCGUGUCUUCAGUGCUCUUUGGCAAAAGCUGCUAAAAGACAAGAAGAUCGGCAUCGCAUGGGCUGUCACCCGUGUCAACGCUAGCCCAAUUCUCGUCGCCAUCAUCCCUUCCCAUGAGAAGUCUGAAGACGAUUCAGGAACGCCCUAUCUACCCGCCGGUCUUUGGCUCUACCCGCUUCCUUUCGCUGACGAUCUACGCGAAGGCCCCGAGCCCCCAAGUAAUCACGUCGUAAGUUCCAACGAGCUUAUCGACAAGAUGCGCAUCAUCGUCCAGCAGCUACAGCUACCGAAGGCCAUGUACAACCCCAAGAAAUACCCCAACCCGUCGCUGCAAUGGCACUACAAGAUCCUCCAGGUCUUGGCUCUCGAGGAGGAGUACCCUGAAAAGGCGGAAGAUCUCACCGAGCCAAAAUACAAAGCCAUCAGCAAGCGUGCCGGCGGUUACCUGGAUGACUGGGCCGAGACCCUACAGGACGAGACCAAGAUCGCGUUGGCAAAGGCUGCGAUCAAGCGCGAGGCAGACGAAGGUGACGAUGAGAGGCCUGCCAAGAGAGCAAAGGCUGCGCCGAAAGCUGCAAAGGUUUCCGGGUCUGGCAUGACGACGGCGCAGCUUAAGGCUGCUGUGGACAGUGGUGGAUUGAGCAAGAUGCUAGUCGCAGAUCUCAAGGAGCUGCUUGCCGCGAGGGGACAGAGCAUAGCAGGCAAGAAGAGCGAGCUGGUGGAGAGAAUCGAGGAAUGGGUUGAGGAGAAUGCUUGA